GAAACCAUCUGGCUUCUGAUAGUCGUGGACUCACUAGGCUGCUGAGGGAGAGUCCUACCUGCUGCCGGGCCAGGGCGGAGAGUUUUCGUGAGAAGCCAAGCCCAAGAACCAUGAACUAAGAAGACACGGAGAGAAGUAGUCAGAGCAGGGCCUCCAAAACUCGUGAAGAUGUGUGACCAACCAAAGUGCAACCCAUGCUGCCCCCCAAAGCCCGAGUGCUGCCCCCCAAAGCCCCAGUGCUGCCCCCCAAAGCCCCAGUGCUGUCCGCCAAAGCCCCAGUGCUGUCCGCCAAAGCCCCAGUGCUGCACCCAGCAGACAUGCUGCUGUUUGGAGCCCAAGCCUGAGUGCACCUGCCUGAAUAAGGAGACUGAGUCCAUGGCACCCCAAACUCAGAAAGACAACCCCCAAACACCACCGCAGCCCCAAAGUCCAAGACAGGGGUCCAAACCUGGUUCCUGGGGGCAGAAGCAGCCAAACAAGUAGGCUGUCCCAUGUCCAUCACCCGGUGGGUUCAGGCUAGACCUGCUUUUAGAAAAACUGUCUCUCCUGGAGCCCCAUUUACUCCCAACCAGAGGGCACCAUUUCCCCUCAUAGCUCCCCACCUUAGGGAAGUCCCAACUAGAACUGGUUGAAGAGGUUAGAACCCUUUUCAGGACCAUCUUGCCUAGUGAUCCUGACAUCAGCACAAAAAUAAAAGAGCACUA